UUUGUUCGAGUUUUCUGACUACUGCACAACUGGUUUCUGGUGUCAGUUGAAGCAUUCGAUUUUUAUUUGAAAUCUUAAAUAGUAGGAGCGGCGUACAAAAGAUUCAAAAUGAAGGCAACUUUCUUGCUCGUGACUCUGGCGAUAAUAGUAUGCGUGAAUGGCGACGAGAAGUAUACUACUAAAUAUGAUAAUAUUGAUGUAGACGAAAUAUUGAGAUCUGACAGACUAUUCAAUAAUUAUUUCAAAUGCCUCAUUGACACUGGAAAGUGCACUCCCGAAGCAAAAGAACUUAAGAAAUCGCUACCUGAUGCUCUGAAAACCGAAUGCAGCAAGUGUAGUGAAAAGCAAAGACAAAACAGCGACAAGGUUCUUCGACACAUCAUCGAUCAUAAGCCCGAUGAAUGGAAGGUUUUGCAAGCCAAAUAUGACCCCGAAGAGGUUUACAGUAAACGCUACCGGGCACAAGCCAAGGAAGCCGGAAUACACAUUUAGAUCAAAACAACUUGUUCGAAAAAAAUGCUAUUAGAUCAAACAUGUUUUUAUUUUAUAAAAAGCUACUGUGAUGGACUCUGGAAAAUUAUAUCUAAUUAAAUUUCUAGUGGAGAAAUUUUAAAUCCAUUGUGUAGCAUACAAUUAGGUUAAAUGGUGAGAACAAAGUUGUGUAAUGUAUGCAAAUAAAAAAAUUUAUUGUUUAUGAA